ACUUUCCAUAGCCUAAACGAGCUCCUCGAAUAUUUAUUUCUCUCAAAUUUAAUUUUGCAUCAUUCUUGAAGAGUGGCGAUCAAAAACCGAAAAAUAAGGAGCGAACGUUGCCGGAGAUGGCUGGCGAUCAAAAUUCAUUCGCUUUCUGAACGCUCACUUGGCUGGUUCGUUCUUCCAAAAGAUUGCUCUGCUUGUCUUUACCAGUUUUUAGUUAUUAGUAUCCGAGCUGUAAAACAGCUCAAUAGACGCUUAAAGAUGGGCUGCACUUCUGGUUGCGUAAAGUGUUUUCUCAACACACUAAACACUCUGAAUGCGCUUUCGGGUCUGUCGUUGAUAGCCAUUGCAACGAUAGCGCUCUCGAAGGCCCCCUUCGCGUACAUAUUGUUCCUAUACGGAUUGGGCGGCAUUAUCUUCGUCUCGGCUAUUCUGGGAUGCUGUGGAAUCUGCCAGGAGAACGUGUGCAUGACCGCAACGUACGGCUUGCUACUGUUGGCUCAGUUGAUCAUCAGCUUGCUGGGCAUCUUCGGCUUCAAAUUCAGCGAGAAUUACAUAGAGAAGUUCGCCGCUGAAGAGGUUGAGAUGAAAUGGAACCAGGAACUGGUGGAACCCGGCGCAAUGGAUAUUUACCAGAGUGUGUAUGAGUGCUGUGGGCGGGACGGCCCUGACGAUUAUGUAGCUAUUGGUCGAAAGACCUUACCAUCCAGCUGUUAUCCCCAGGCGGACACCCAGAAGCCCCAUUAUCUGGCUGGAUGUGUCCAGAAGUCCAGCCAAAACUUUGUGGCUUUGUUCAACUACGCAAACGACACAAACUGGAUCGCUGUGGGGAUAACCGCUCUGAUGAUAAUUGCUGCCUUCUAUUUGGUAGGACGAUUCCGCAAGCAGCGCAUUCGCUACAACUACUAAGGAUCUAUUUUAUUUAAAGCUUUACGGUUUAUUUUAUCGCAAAGGCUUAUGCAUUUGGCACUAAAAACAUUCAAUUUUUGAUAAAUUUUGUGAAAAAUUAUCCGAAGCUCAGAAGAAUUUGGUUUAUUGUAAAAAUGUUAUAAUACAAAUAAUUGCAUAUACUGAUAAAAUAAAUAUAUCCUGUCAGUAGAAUAAUGACCCUUUAAACUAAUUUUAGAUACCCAAUCUCGAGAACUAAAUGUUUGAACCAAAUUUAAUAUUGCCUGUAAUUAAAUAAUUUAAUACUCAAAAGA